AUGUCAGAUACAGCCGUUAUGCCCACAAAUUCAAGCACAAUCAAGAGACAUUUAGACGCAUCUGAUGCCAACGAGACUGCAUCUGCUACCAAAGAAACUAAGAAAAAGUCUAAUAAAGUAGGUAGAAAGCUAUCUGAUCAAGAAGCCAAGAGUAAAAGAACUGCUCAAAAUAGAGCUGCUCAAAGAGCCUUCAGAGAAAGAAGAGAGAGAAAGAUGCAAGAGUUGGAAGAUAAGGUCAAGUCUUUAGAAGAAGUUCACAAGAAAUCUGAAAUUGAAAGUCAAUUUUUAAGAGAUCAACUGAAAGUUCUUCUUGGUGAGUUACAACGGUAUAGGCCUGAAAGACAAAAUGAUGCAAAAGUUAAGGAAUAUUUGUCGACUCAUAAAUUUGAUCCAAGCGUUGUUUCUGCCUCUAACAAAAAUUCCCCAAAUGACAUCAGUAAUAAUACUCAAAUACCUUCGCCAAAUUCAUCUAGAUUCGAUGAUCAGGUCCAUUCACCAUCAAGUGAAACCUCAUCUAAAAUAUCAUCUAAUAUCUUGAAUAAUCAAGAUGAUAGUAAUACUCCGAAAUCGUUAUACUCGAUGCCCACCUCAAUACCUUCUAGUUCUUCCACAAAUACUUGGGUGGAGAAUGUCUUAUAUAAAGAGGAUAAUGAAGAAUUACCCCAAUUUAAGAUGUCUAACAGAACUCCUAGUGUUAGUAAUAGUAAUAAUAAUAACAAUAAUAACAAUAAUAAUAAUAAUAAUAAAAACCCAUCUGCCUUCCAAUACACCACAGAUUUUUUUUCCAACCAACUAAAUUUCGAUAAUUCCCCAAGUGAUGUGAAUAAUAUUCUUCCAAGUACUCUUAAACAGACAAAUUCUGACUCACUGAACUCCGACUCUCCUCACAUUAAAAAUGUAAAAGAUAAUGAUAUGAAUGAUGCUUCGAUUUUAGAACCUUCCAAAUUUUUUGGUAGUUCAAGUUUCGAUUUCACAAAUUCAAUUAAUUUGGGAAACAGUCCACAACAGAAUUUUGGUCGUAUUGGUUUUGGUGAUUUUGACAUGUCAAUGUCAUUAGAUAGCAGUAAAUUCUGGGGUACAAAUAGUAUUUCUAAUAAUAACAGUAAUAACUCUACUCAUACACCUACUGAUUUCAAUAAAAUGUCUUCAGUUAAAUCUGCUGUUAAAGGUUGUAAUGAAUUAUUGAAAAAUGAACAGAAUAUUGCAAAUAAUGCUGCAUCAAAAUCAACAAAUAAUAGUAAACUACGUAACAGUAAUAUUACCAUCACACCAUUGGCAGAUGAUAAUAAUAUCCCUUUUAUUGACACUUCAUUGGCAUUUAAUGAUAUUCCAACGAAUCUCUCAAAUGAUAAUGAGUUUAAUAUGCAAUUAUUUAAAACAAAUAGAAAAUCGUCAGAUGAUGAUUUCUUUAAGUUCUUGAUGGAUGAAGAUAAUGACAUUUUAAAUGGUAAUAAUAACAGUACUGAAAAUAAUGAGGAUAAUAAUUCGAUAUUAAACAACCUAAUCAAUGAAACGCCUGCUGUAGAAUCAACUCAAUUGGCGCAAACUCCAAGGGCCAGUGAUAGUGCACAUACUAGCCCAAUUGUACAGACACCCAAUAAAGAUCCAAGUAUAUCGGUGAUGUCAAUCAUUAGAGAAGAAGAUAAGGGCAAAAAUUAUAUGCAAUGUUCAGAAGUAUGGGAUCGUAUUACUUCACAUCCAAAAUAUUCUGAUUUGGAUAUUGAUGGUUUAUGCACAGAACUAAUGCACAAAGCUAAGUGUUCAGAAAAGGGUGUUGUAGUUAAAGCUGAUGAUGUUCAAAAGGCUUUAACUAAGCAUCUAUCCUAA